AUGGAGCCCAAUUUCUAUAGCCGCUACCCAGGCUUCCAGCCUAACCCAUCCGCACCUGCAGUAGACGAGUUUGCGCGCCUGGCGCGCCAUAUGAGGUGGAAACAUGGCUCGAAGGCUUACAAACGAGGAUGGGCAAGUUUCGGGGUUUCAGAAUUCAGCAAACAUUAUGGUACCGAAGCUUCGAAGCUACAAAACUGGCAGUCACUAUGCCGCGAAGUUGGCCUUUCUGAGCCUAAAACAAUCACUCAAUGCAAAAAGGUUUACAGAGUGUUCAGCCAGCUUUUGAGGCUUAUGCUAAAAAUUUCCAAGGCCCUUGCCAAAGUGCACGUUAAUAUUAUCGAUCUCAUCGACGCCCGUCGGACCGGUGCUCCUGUUACCAUCUUUCGCCGCGUUCAGGAACUCCGACAAUACACACAAAAGACCCAGAAAAUAUUCCCCAAAGAGGUAGCUAAGCAGGAUGGGUUUCUCAAAGCACUGUUGCGGGGGAUAUUUUGA